AUGCAUAGAUAUAUGCAAACUGCCCGUGCUCCGGUCCGUGCCCCUCGCGAAUUCUCGUGCCCGUGCUCCGGUCCGUGCCCCUCGCGAAUUCUCGUGCCCGUGCUCCUAAUCUUCCCCGCGUUCCCCUCGUGCCGCGCCGCGUUCCUUAACCGAUAUAACCGCGUAGUUUUCGUUAAAUUCACAGGGAGCUCGGGUGAUCAAUUAAAAGUCGCGAAACCCAACGAAUUCGAUUUGGUAUUUAAGCUACAAAUUCCGUAUUACGAAAGUAUCGUCGUGACGCGAGAUUCGAAUAAUCCGGGCAACGUAUUUCUCAACAUGACUCGCGUACUCGAACUUCUUAGGGACGAUCCCCGCGAGGAUCAUCGGAGCCUUCGGAAACUGCUUCAGACUCAACUCGUCGACGCGAAGAACUUCCUCGUCGUGGGCAAACUGUGUUCUUGGCUACAAAGCCUUUUUAGGAAAGCCCUCAAUCGGAUGGAGGAUCGCUUGGAGGUGGAUGGCAUGGUGUCCCAUCUGAAAUACAAGACCUGUGGGCCGGCCCACACCAUCUACGUGGAUGGCGAGCUUACGUACUCGGUUGACUUUGUACCCGCCAUCCUCCUGCGGGCCGAACAAAACGUGUUGGGCGCGAAAUCGUUAAGAUACUUCGAGCUCGCAAGUCUCUCCCACUGGGAGGCGAUCCCCAAGCCCCUAAAAACCCACACCCCGACCAGCAGCAUCUCGUUCCGGUCCUCCUUCUACGCUGCGGAGAAGGCUAUGCUGCGUGGUAAGCACGAGAACUGCCGGGAUGCAAUUAAACUUAUGAAGAAAUUCCGUGACGUUAAAACCAAUUUGAGCAAUCUUAAAAGCUACUAUAUUAAGACUUUAUUUCUUUGGAAGAUUAGCAAUGUACCGGAGACCUACUGGCAGCAGCCGCUUACAGACAUUUUGCCCGAUAUGUUCGAUGACCUGACUGAGUGCUUAAGACAGGGAAUUCUACCCUUCUUUUGGGACCCCGAGCUAAAUAUGCUCGAUGUGUUAACAUCAGACCAAGUGAAGGAAAUGUAUCUAUGUGUGCGAAGGAUCUCAGACGCGUUGAGGAGACCCCGCCAAUUGCCUUACUCUCGGAAUGUCGUUUUUCGGGUUUUUAGCCACAAGGAUGAGAGGAACAUUCAUCGUUCCUCGGCUUGAAAGGAGACCAUUUUGUGUGCCGGACGGAAAAUCAAAGUGCCAGACUGAAAGCAAAAACAAAAUCUCAAAUUUGUAAAUUACAAAUUCAUAAAACUAAAAAGUUGAAUAUAACAUAGUUUAAAAUCAGUUCCAAGUUGAUGAAAAUGUACUAUUUAUUUAAACCUCAUUACCAUUAAAAUUGUUAUUUAUUUAUUUA